CUUGCCGCAUUCAUGCCUCUUGUUCACUACAACUGCUCGAAACACCUGAGAUUCUUCCUGUGCGCUGUAUUUGCUCCUGUUUGCUCAGAGCAUGUAGCAAUGCAGAUACCAGCAUGCAAGCCACUUUGCUUAUCUGUCAGACGGGAUUGCGAGCCCGCCUUGACGAGUCUCACCCUGCCCUGGCCAAAUAUGUGGGACUGCGACCGAUUCUCCGAUAGCGGCAAUGCUCUCUGCGUGCAGCCACCUAGUGAGGAAAGCCUUCCAGAGCCGGUGUCACCGGUUAUACCACCACUUCGUCCACCCUGGGCUGGUAUCAAGACUCUUCCAGCUGCUAAAGAUCAUCAUCAGUGUCCACCUCACUUCGUACAGACGCCCUUCACUGAUACCAUAUCGUGCACUCCACGCUGCGACGCCGACGCUUAUUACCGCGCCGAAGACAAACGCUUCGCGGUCCGUUGGAUGACCGGAUGGGCAUGGCUCUGCUUCCUCUCAACGCUCUUCACCCUUUUGACAUUCUGGGUGGAUCCGUCUCGCUUCCGCUACCCGGAACGACCGAUCGUCUUCCUGGCACUGACCUACAACCUCCUGUCGAUCCUCUUCAUAAUCCGCGGAGCCGUGGGCGCGGACAUCUUGAGCUGCGCACACCAAGAGGAUGGCCCCAGCUACGUACCGGUGCACGAUGGUCUCCGCAGUGUGCCCUGCACAGUGUGGUGGCUCCUCAAGUACUACCUCGCCCUCUCCAGUGGUGUAUGGUGGACAAUUCUGUGCGGCUGCUGGUUACUCAGCGCCCGGAACGAGUGGAGCAGCGAAGCAUUGCACAAUAUAGCUCCUUAUCUUCACGCAACAGCCUGGGGGCUGCCACUGUUCCUCGUUGCCGGGAGUUUAAUAUCCCGGAACAUCAGCGCUGACGAGCUCACUGGUCUGUGUCAAGUAUCCGACGAGUCAGCGCUGUGGCUCGAGGUUCUGCCACUCGGGAUGUUCCUUAUCCUGGGAUGCGCAUUCGGUGGAGUAGCUGGUGCUGCCCUGGUACGCGUCCGAAGGGCAGUCAAGGCCGCUGGUAGGAGCGCUACUAAACUCGAGAGACUCAUGACCCGAUUAGGGGUAUUUGCCCUUCUCUACGCACUACCCGCAUUCGGGGGUCUUGCUUGCGCCCUCCAUGAGGCCUCGGUAAGACCUAGGUGGAGGACACUCGCCCUCCUGGCGGCCCUCGAUUGUCGAGCAGCCCAAAACUGCGCACCGGGACCCGUUUACAGUGCAGCAGGACUCGAAGUCGCUCUUUUGAGGGUUUUUCUCAGUCUCGUUAUUGGAAUCACCUCCGGGAUGUGGGUAUGGUCAGGAAAGACCUGCAGGGCAUGGAGCAAACUCAUCGCUGCACCUAGUAAACCACCCAGGUCGUCCCAGGUUGGACAGCACAUCGGGAGGGGCGGCUUCCAGGGGAUCAAGACUGAUACCCUCAAUUUCGCUUGAAGGCACGGCCCUUUGGCGUGUACAUAGCUUGUAAAUAUUGUAUAUUUUUGAUGGACAAUAAAGUUAAUGAAUAAUUUUUUUUAUAUUCUCAAGCAA